AUGGGAUCGGCAGAAGUCCUAUAUGAGUACUGGGGAAUGUUCAAACAGAUGCUGGCCAAAUGCCCACAACACCAAAUACCAGAUCAUGAUCUUAUUCAGUAUUUCAUGGGAGGACUCCGAAGGCAAGAUAGGAAAUGGUUACACGCUGCAUGUGGAGGAUCGAUCUUAAACAAAUCUGUAGCAGAAGCUUUCAAGCUCAUAGCCGACAUGGCAGAGGAAUCAAGAGAUGAGGAAAGGACUAUAGUCAGAACUACUCCGGUGCCGGCUCCUUCUGCCCAAGACGAAAAGUUGGACAAGCUUUGCAACAUGUUCGAGAAGUUUAUGACGAACCAAGGAACACCCAAUCAAGGGAUUCCCAACAUUCGGAAGCCUGUGAAGCCAGGAGGAAACAACGGAGGGCAAAACCAGAAACCUUUUGAACCCUACAGGCAGCAGUACAACAAUCAAGGAUGGAGGCAACAUGAGAACCUUAGGUAUGGCAACAACAACUUUUUGGGGCCAAACCAAGGGCAAACGAGUAACCCACCACAAUACUCGCAACAACCUCAACAAGCAAGAGGAUCCUCUCUAUCAGAGCUCGUGCAUCAAAUGGCCCAACAACAAGUGAAGUUCCAGCAAGAGACCGAAAAGUUCAUAAUGGAAACUAGAGGAGGAAUGCAAAAUGUAAACUCCCAACUAUCACAUCUUGCCCAAGCAGUCGCCAGACUUGAAAAGGUUGAUAAGGAGAAAAACAAAGAAAAGCUGGAGAUCAACGAGCAAGUUGGAAAGGGGUCAGCAGAUGAGGAAGAAUUUGCCCUAGAGAAAGAGGCAAAGCGAAAGACGACAGGGAAGGGUAAAGAGAAAUCAAGCCAGACUGAGCCAAUAAUCCCCUUUCCAGGCAGAAUGGCCAAGGAACAAGAGAAGGAAGAAUUAACCGAACUGGUUAAAAUCUUCAAGAAGGUGGAGGUCAAUAUGCCCCUUUGA